GCUGAGCAUUGCCAUUACGCUACAGCAAUGGAAGGAACAGGGUUUCAACCACCUUCUGUAACGUCGUGAUACAAAUACUUACUAAUGAUGGACAUGGAGCCAGGCGCACAGGUUACCGAUAACAUCCCGGCAGAUCAUAUAGGUGGUACUCGUCCAGAAGAUGCAACGAUCCUGGAGCAGGCAGAAGGAGACAGCGACUCCACAAAACAAAAAUUAUUAGCAGGAGGGUCAUGUCGUGUUUCAGAGCCUGACACAGAGAGCCAAGCUGCUAACUGCGCUCCAGAGCGAACUAUGGACCCAGACAUAGAGUCACAAAGCACCAGAUCCCAUUAUACUAUGUCCUGGGAUCCUCAGCCCCAAGGUGAGCUCGCCAGUCCUGCAGGAGCAGAGCCAGCUGAAGCACUCAAGAUCCAGACUCGAGACAACACUAAUCCACUUGGCUCUCACCAGAGCAAACUGAAUAAUCACACUGACUCUUCAGCUAAUGCACAAAGCCAACCGCAGACAGCACCUGAGCAGGUGACAAAGAUGUCUGCAGGGGACCAGGCUGAAGCCUCUCCGUCUUCCACCAGCUCUUUUGAAAUCAUUGACAUGGACACCGUGCUGUCCCAGUAUGAACCUGUCCAGCCCCACUGGUUCUAUUGCAAGCGGACAGACUCCAAAGACACCUGGCUGCCGUUCAGCAGGGCAGAUUCUCAGAAGCUCGAGGAAGCUUAUAACUCCGGGGAGGACCCAAAGAGUAUAGUCGUUGCCACAGAGGGGGAGCGGUAUGAUGUGCAUCUGGCAGAGAGGAUGCAGUACCCGGUCUACUGGGAGCAAGCAGCUACGGAGGUCAGGAGGUGCAGGUGGUUUUAUAAAGGAGACAAAGAUAGCAAGUUCCUCCCCUACCCUGAGGACUUCAGUGAGCAGUUAGAGGAGGUGUACAUGAUUGCAGUGACACUGGAUGAGUGGAAGAAGAAGCUGGAGUUUCCUACAGGAGAGACAGUUAUUCUGCACAACCCAAAGCUAAUAAUGCAGUACCAGUCAAUUGGGCUGCAGGAAGAUUGGGUGUCUUCUCCCCCAGAGCAGACUGGUCCCAGGACCGUGAAGCGGGGGAUUGAGAACAUUGCUGUCGAAAUCCCUGAAGGAGAACCUGAACAAGUGGACCACUUAGUCUUCAUGGUUCAUGGAAUCGGGCCAGCCUGUGAUCUUCGUUUUAGAAGCAUCAUUCAGUGUGUGAAUGACUUCCGGAGUGCAUCUCUCAGCCUGCUGCAAACACACUUCAGGAAAGCGCACGAAGAGGAGCUGGUCGGCCGGGUGGAGUUCCUUCCUGUCAACUGGCACAGCGCCCUUCACGGGGAUGCCACAGGAGUCGACAGUGACAUUCAAAGGAUAACGCUGCCUAGCAUCAGCAGACUGCGGCACUUCACCAAUGACACGCUGCUGGACCUGUUCUUCUAUAAUAGCCCCACCUACGCCCAGACCAUCGUGGACACGGUCUCCUCGGAGGUGAACCGCCUCCACAGCCUCUUCCUCCAGAGGAACCCGCAAUUCAGAGGGGCCGUGUCUGUGGCAGGGCACAGCCUAGGUUCUCUGAUCCUCUUUGACCUUCUAACUAACCAAAAGUGUACUCAAGACAUUAGUAGCACUGAAGAGGUGAAAGUAAGAAGUGCCUUUCGCAGAGAUGAAGCUCAAAGCCUUGAUGAAGCUCUUCAGAAGAUGGGGCUGUCGGAGUAUAUCAGUGUAUUCAGAAAAGAGCAGCUGGACAUGGGGUCCCUGGCCUUGUGUUCAGAGAGCGAUUUAAAGGAAAUUGGAGUUCCUCUGGGACCCAGAAAAAAAAUCCUCAGCUUUAUGAAGAAAAGAGCUCUUCAGCAGGAGAGCAGUGUAAAAGCCCAGCUGCAGACGGACAGUCUCCAGGGACCCAGAGUAGAGUGUGGCUCCCUGGAGUCUGAGGCACUCAGCACAGGGGGGAACCCGCCCAUCCUGAGACCCCUCUCCAGCAGCAGCGUCAGCCCAGUGGACUAUGAGUACUUUGAUGUGGGGAUCGGACAGCUGAACUUGGGAACUGGCACAGGGCAGGUUUCCAUCAGUUACCCCCAACUGGCUUUUGAACCUCAGACCUUCUUUGCCUUUGGCUCGCCCAUUGGCAUGUUCCUUACAGUGCGGGGGCUCAAGAGAAUCGACCCCAACUAUAGGUUCCCUACCUGCAAGAGCUUCUACAACAUUUACCAUCCUUUUGACCCAGUGGCCUACAGAAUUGAGCCGAUGAUUGUCUCUGACAUGGAGAUCGAACCCAUGCUGAUACCGCAUCACAAAGGCAGGAAAAGAAUGCACCUUGAGCUGAAGGAAAGCCUGACUCGUAUGAGCACAGACUUGAAGAACAACUUGAUGGGCUCUUUGCGUACAGCCUGGCAGUCCUUCACCCGGCUCCCCAUCCCUGCACUGCCCCCGCAGGCAGAGGGAGAAACUGCAGCCAAGAUCCAACCCCUGGAAAAAGACGCAGAAAGGGUUAAAGUGAAAAAGUCCAAGUCUCUUUUUUGGAAAAAUGUACUGGACUGGCCUAAAAUAAUGUUUUUUAAAUUCACCCAAGGCGAUAGAACAGAAGAGCCCUACAGCCCCUCGAAGCAGGACGAAGAAGAGCAUAUAAAGAUUGGGAUGCUGAACGGAGGCCGACGCAUUGACUAUGUCCUGCAAGAGAAACCCAUCGAGAGUUUUAAUGAGUAUCUGUUUGCGCUCCAGAGUCACCUCUGCUACUGGGAAUCUGAAGAUACAGCUUUGCUAGUCCUCAAGGAGAUCUACCAGGCCCUGGGAAUCCGCUUGCAGAACCCUCAGCAAUAUUAAUCUGAAAAAUUGUGGAUCGACUCACAGAUUCCUUUAUGGAGGAGCUACAGCAAAGAACUGUCCUAGUGUUCUCUAACUCCUGAUCAAUAGUCCGUUACACUGCAUGAAGGAAACCCAAGGAGUCCAAAUAUUCAUAGGUUCACAUUCAUUACUUGGUUUCUCCAUUAUUUUGGCUGCUAUUGCUGUAUAUUACCGAAAAAGCACUUUGGCUCCAUAUUGCCAAUCCUUUGUUAUUUUAACCCUAUUCAUGUGUGAGGGCCUCUAUCCACAAAGUUUGCAUUUUGAUUGAGUGUACAGAAAGCUGAACUGUGGAAUAACACAGUAAACAGCCACCAAUAAAUUAUACUCACACUAACCUCUGCUACCGUAAGCCCUUUUGGCUGCAUUUCAAGACUGCGUUUACCUGAAGAGCUUGUAUUUUUAAAAUAUAUCAUUACACCACAUGAAAAAAAGUUUUAUUGCUGAGGACAGUGACACGAAUAAAAAAUGCACUGGUUGUAAAUGUGCACUUUAUUGUGUAUUUUAUUUAAAUUAAACUUUUUUGUUUUAUUAAUUAUUAUUCUUUGUCAUAUUUACGUUAUGUUGUGUAUACUACAAUAAACCUCAACAAAAUUGUUGGAAGUUUGGCUGCUUUGUUUCUCCCUUUCCUUUUAAACGAAUUGCAUUCAGCACAUCACAAGCCUUUUAAGAACUGUUUUGUAAGGAUAAAGUCCAGUUUGUUUAAGUCAAGUUUACACUUCAUGCAACUGUUUAAAGUCAUUUUUCAAAUCACUCUUUAAACCAACAGAAUGUUUAUAAACACGCUUAUUUUGUAUUCAUAAAUGUUACGUGUACCGAUAUGUAUACAUUAUAAAAGUAUGUAUUAAUUGUCAGUCAUAUUGUCUAAAUUUGUGCAAUGUUUUACACCCGCUGCGCAUAUGAGU